CGAGGCAAGAGCACCGGCGGAUGAGCUACCGUUAGUGAGGCAAGCCGUGGAAGAGUGCGAGAGUAGGGACAAGAAAGGAAAAAGCUGAUAGGUUCGGGAAUGUUAAUCAGAAGUUCAAGGGCGGGCGCUAGGACCGGGCAUCAGGAACGUGCAGCUUUGGGGCUGCUGGGCCCCGCGCUUGCCUGGAGGUGACGCGGCAGUGGCGGAGGUCUCUGGCCGAGACGAAGCACUGCAGGGAGAGGGGUCUCGACAACUUUUGGCCUGGACUCGUCUCUCUCCGCGCGCUCCCCUGCUACCUUUCCUUUCUAGAAAGUGGGGGUUGUGCUCUGAUCUAGGGGUGUCCAACCUCUCCUCGGGCCCCAUGGUACCUUCUUCGCUACGCCGCUUACCACUGAACACCCCUGCGCGCUGCAGCCGGAUGGUGCCGGCCGUCGGGGAGACCAACCGUUGAUAGGCUGCUGAGAGCUCGAGGCGGGGCGGGUGAGAGACGCUCGACCUCCGCGCGAUUCUGUGUCUUUCCCGCCAUGUCGUUCGUGGAGAGCGCGCGGCGUUCUUCUCUGCUGCACCGUCGCCGCCUCUGCAGCCCUGUCCCUUACUCUCGUUCCGCGUUAUCUUCCUUUACUCAGGGGGGUAGUUGGGGUGAAGGUGAAGUCGACGAAGAGGAGGGAUGUGACGAAGUAGCCCGCGACUUGCGGGCAGAGUUUUCUGCUGGGGCGUUGUCUGAGCCUAGAAAGGUCUCGCUACUCCCGCCGGAGGGGGACGGGUCUCCAGUUCUGCCGGAUAAACGCAACGGCAUCUUCUCGGCGGAUGCGCGCGGCCGAGCCCAGGCUCGGCGGUGGCCGGUACAGGUCCUCUCAAUUCUCUGUUCGCUGCUAUUCGCCGUCCUCCUCGCUUUCCUCCUCGCCAUCGCCUAUCUGAUCGUAAAAGAGUUACAUGCUGAGAAUUUGAAGAAUAAAGAUGAUGUAGACACAGGGCUAUUAGGAUUCUGGACUCUACUUAUAAUAUCCCUAACUGCUGGAUUCUCCUGCUGCAGCUUUUCCUGGACAGUGACUUACUUUGAUUCUUUUGAACCAGGCAUGUUUCCUCCUACUCCUCUUUCACCUGCCCGGUUUAAGAAACUUACUGGACAUUCUUUCCACAUGGGCUAUAGCAUGGCAAUUUUGAAUGGUGUUGUAGCUGCUCUUACUGUUGCAUGGUGCCUCAUGUAAACUGACACUGAAGCAGUAUUCUUGGCAAAACUAAGUCAUGAUUGCUUUAUAAUAACAGAGAAGAACAUCAUCACCUACUCCGAAGACCAAGAAACCUACUGUUCAUUAUGUGAUUCAGAUACCUGUCAUAUCAUUACGGAAGACCUUCUUAAACAUUGUUCUAAAACCUAGGCGUUGGGAUAGCUGAGUAUUGUUUCAAGUAAUUUCUUAAAAUUGCAAAAUGUUUACCUCAUCUCUUCUAUGUGUGUUAUUUUUCUAAACUGUAGAAAGCAUUUUAAUGGAAAUUAAACUGGAAAACUUGAAUACAGUACUAUGCCUACCUUUCCAUGUAUAUACUACAUUUUCCCUAAGAAAUACUGAUACUACUGUUUAAUUGAAACAGAAAUAUAUCUUAAUUAUUCAUUAUAUCAGGAAAGCAACCAGUGCUUACUACUUUGACAUUUUACAGAAGCUACUUUUAAGUCAGCAUAUUUAGUUUUUGAUAUUCUUUUCAUCAAUAGAAGGUGCAUUUAUAUUUUUUAAUGGUGCAUAGUUUCUUGUGGUUUUUUUUACAUAUUUUUCUAUUACAUAUUGAAUUUGUAUGUUUUAAAAAUUGUUACAUCUGGAAAAAUAAAUUUUAUUCUUUAGCUGGUGCAAACCUAAUACCUACCAUUUUUAAUAAGUGUUUUGUCUUUUUACAAAAGCAUAUUGACCUUAGUUUAAAAUUAAGUGAUUUUUUUUAACAACAAAAACGUCUAUAAAGGGGUCACACAUAACCCAUUAAAAUAUUGAGAAAUUUGAAGCUGUUCAUUAUGUCUGUUUCCACAAUUCCAAAUAUUUAUCCUGGUGUAUAUAUAGUUAUUUCAAUAGAACUGAUUUAUUUUGUUUUUAAUAAAUAUAAACCUGACAUUUUUAUAUUUAGAAAUGCUUGAGCUAGUCGGUUUUUAAUCUCAAAAAUUUAGUUACUGAAAUGGAAAAUGUAUUUUGAUACAUUGUAUAUAUAUGUAUAAUUCAUAAUUUUCCUAUUUAAAUGUUGUCUACAAUUGUGGUGUUAGUUUUUGUUUUAUAGUAAUUAAGCCUUCAUUAUUCUCACUUCUAAAUUCCUGUUUGGAAAGUCAUUCCAGUUUUAAAAGAUGGACUAUUUAAAAUACUAUUUUCCCUAGCCAUUGAAAAACUUACAUUUAGGAAAGUGUUGUAGAAUGAAACUGGUUAUUCAGGGUAAAUGGGAAAUGAAUGUGUGCAGUCUGUUUCUGUUAUCUGCUGAGUGUAUUACUAAGUAAAUGAUUUGUUGAUGUUCUAAAGUCUUAAUUUUUUACUACUCAAAAACACUUAGUUGAAAGUGACAAAUGAUGCUCCAAUUUAAAUGAUCUGAAGUGUUUAGAUUAAUAUGUGUAUUUGUUUAUGUACAUAUAGACGUACAUACAUACUUACAUAUAUACAAAUUUCGGGGCUCAAGGAUUCCUUCCAGAGUAGAUGUUGCAGUAAAUCUAUUUUUACUCCCUGUCUUUCCCUCCCCACCCAUCCCAACUUUGGCUUUAAAGGGUUCUUCUGUUGCAAAGGAAUAUACAAGUUUUUCUUCUCUCCACUCCUUCUAAUCACCUCCCACCCAAAUCUGGAUAGCUUCUUUCAGAUUCUUUGUCUUAUGACUAAGAAAAAGUUUCCAGUAUACCUAUAUGUAGAUAUCUAUAGGAUACAGGUAUAUAUAGAUAUCAACUGUAAGAUACUUUUCUGGAACCCUAUUUCUUCUGGACUAGUACUCCUGAGAAAUUACUCUCUCUCCAGUUUAACACAGUCCAAAUACAAACCAUCCAACUUACAUAGCAGAGUGAUUGACUAAGGAUAGGUACCUUACCAAAGCUGAACCAAUCCUAGUUUCUCGUCUCUCCUGGCCACAGUGAUUUUAACAGGAAUCACUAUCAGGCCAGUCUUUCCCCAGGAUAUUUCAACUUAAAUUUAAGGUAGGAUGAAGCGUGGAAGAUAAAAGUCCAGGAGAUGCUGGCAGCCAGGGUUCAGCCAAGCUGUGGGAAGGCAGGAGUAAGGCUGACAUGAUUACUGUUACUGACAUUCUUCUAGGCCUUGAAGCCCAGUGGUGACCCUGCUAUCUUCACAUUUGGUAACAUGAGCUAAUAAAUUUCCUCUUUUGGCUUCUCCUGUUAAUAUGGUUUUUGUCACUUAGUAAAAGGAGUCAAGACGAGUAUUGAGCAGCUAGAAUCCAUCUCUGUUAUAAAACUGACUCAGAUUAUCUCAUCUUCUGUAUAGCUUACCAUAUUCCAUUCAGUGACUUGUGAAGGAUACAUUUGGUAUGUGUACCUGUGGCUAAUUAUUGGCCACAAAAGAGUUUUGGAGUAAAAGUAGUUAUUAAUCUACUUGCUCUUUCAUCAGGAAUUCAUUAUAUAUGUCCCCAAAUUCAAUUCUGCCUUAAGUGUUACCAGAAUAUCAGUUUGGUUAUCAAGAUGUGGUAGUGUCCCCCUGCCCUUAUCUGUGGUUUUUGCCUUCCGCAUUUGAGUCUGUUGCGGUCCACAAAUGUUAGGUGGAAAAUUCCAGAAAUAAACAUUUAAUUAAAAAUUCUAAAAUUG